AUGGACCUCAAACCACGGUGUCUGGACUCGUACGUUAAAAGCGAUGAUUUCUCGCGCAAUGUCUACCACUGGCUCGACUGGAUUAUCAUGGAAAACCGAGAGUUGAGCAUGUGCGAAAAGAUUAAGACGCGGAAGUACACGCACCUGAAACCAUUGAGUGUCAACACACUGAAGAAGCACAUGUUAGAGCUAGAGACAGUCGUGCAGACUUCUAUAAGACCCAACUUGAAGGAAAGAAGAUGGGCUUUGCAGUCGUUGCUUGGACGAAAGAUGGUUUUCAUUUUGUCGCCAUUAUCGCCAUAA